AUGCACGUGCCUUGUGAUACUAGACUAACCAAUUUCCCUCUGACAAUAUUACAUCCAGCAAAUUACCAUACCGGACUCAGCUCGCCCACUAGGUCCAUAAUGGAGGCAAAGCUUCACGACCCGGAUCCAAGACCGACCCGGACAGGCGAACCAGAGCUCGAUCUCUACACCAUCCCUAGCUACUCCAGCUGGUUUUCGUGGGACGAUAUCCACGAAACAGAAAGAGCCGGGUUGAGAGAGUUCUUCGAUGGAAGCUCGAUCACAAGAACCCCAAAAAUCUACAAAGAAUACAGGGACUUUAUCAUCAACAAGUACCGUGAAGAUCCUUCUAGAAGGCUUACUUUCACGGAGAUUCGCAAGUCACUGGUCGGCGACGUUACGUUGCUCCACAAGGUGUUUCAAUUCCUGGACAAGUGGGGAUUGAUAAACUUCGGUGCGAUUUCGACUCGCUACGAUGAUUUGGAGAGGGAGGAAACGGGUAAGUUUAGGGUUGAGGACGGUCCUCCGAAUGGCGUGCGGGUUGUGGCUAUGCCGAAUUCUCUGAAGCCGCUCUCGGUGCCGCAAGGUGCGGCAGGUAAUGCGGAUAUUGAUGAGAAUGGAUUGAAAUUGCCGCCGUUAACUUCCUAUUCGAAUGUGUUUGGUGAGCUGAGGAAGCAAAAGGGGCUUCUGUGUGGGAAUUGUAGUGAAAGUUGUGAUUCAGGGCUGUACGAAUAUACUAAGGGCUGUUAUGUACUUUGUAUUAAAUGUUUCAAAGAUGGAAGUUAUGGAGAAAACAAGUCCAAGGAUGACUUUAAGUUGAUUGACAAUGUUGAUAGCAGCAGUACAAAUGAAGCUGUUUGGACUGAGGCAGAGACUUUACUUCUUUUAGAAUCUAUUCUGAAGCAUGGGGAUGACUGGGAUCUUGUUGCUCAAGAUGUUCAAACCAAGACCAAACUUGAUUGCAUUUCUAAGUUAAUUGAGCUGCCAUUUGGGGAUCUUAUAUUGAGUUCUGCAUAUAGAAAUGGUAAUUUGAGUGUACCAGGUGGGGACGUAAACAACUCAAAACAAGUUCCAUUAUCUUCAUCUGAACAUCAAGACACAGUAAAGGAUGAGGAUUUAAUGCUUGACCAGACAAAUGUGAAUGAACAGAAUGGAGAUGCAGUGGAUGAAGGACCUCCAUUGAAAAGAAAACGAACCACUUUUCUUUCAGAUGCUGGUAGUUCUUUGAUGAAACAGGCAGCUCUUAUCUCAACCAUAACCGGCCCUGAUAUUGCAGCUGCUGCAGCUGAGGCUGCUUUUGCAGCACUUUGUGAUCAAACCUCAUGUCCAAGGGAGAUUUUUGAUGGCAAGGAUGAUUUUCCAACUAAUGGGUUGUGGUCUCCUAUUGUCCAUUCCAAGCCAGAAAGAGCCCAUCAGGUUGAAGACUCAGAGAUAAAGGAGAGGUCCACUCAAUCAGAAACUCAGGAGACAUCUCCAGGGCAGAAUAACAUACCUUUAACUUUGCGACUUAGAACUGCAAUUGCAACAGCUCUAGGGGCAGCUGCUGCUCAUGCCAAACUAUUGGCUGAUAAGGAAGACCAAGAAAUUGAAAAUUUGGUGACAACAAUAAUUGAGACACAGUUGAGGAAAUUGCAUUACAAAAUCAACUGUUUUGACAAUCUGGAGCUCAUAAUGGAGAAGGAAUAUGCAGAAUUGGAGGAUUUGAAAGAGUCAUUAAUUGAGGAGAGGAUUGAUGUCUUACAGAGGGCAAUUGCUGCUGGGAUGCCUAAAUGGCGGGAUCAUACUUGUGUGAAAUCAUAGUGGUAGUUUAUUUUGAUGUAGCCCUAAUGUGUUGUAAAGAAGUGGUAAAAUGGACUAGAUUUAACAUUGAUUUUUCUGGAAUAUCAUUGUGCGCUAGAGUCUAAUUUUCCAGUGUAUCAAAUUUCUUAACCCACUGUAGCUGAAUUUGUAAUUAGGCUGAUGAACAUAAACCGGUAUGCAACACUGCGACUAAUUAAUUAUAACCCCCUGGGAUGCUAAUCUCUAUUCUAAUGUAGUUCAUUUGCAUGUUUA